AGUACAGUGUGUUCUACCAUGGAUACAUCAGUUUAUCGCCACAUGAACAUUGGCAUGAACACAAGAGGAAAACGUCCCCUGCGUAAUAUGACACCGAGUGAUAAGGUGCGGGCUAUUCAACGCAUCCACAAUGGCGAGACUAAGGCGUCUGUCUCGAGAGACAUUGGAGUGCCGGAAUCUACGUUAAGAGGUUGGUGUAAAAAUGAACAAAAGCUUCGAUUCAUGUGUCGUCAAUUGGAUACAACGGACCAACUCAACUUUCCGCUGGGCAUGGAAAACCCUCCAGAGAAACGUUUUCGUUGCAACAACCAUAUGCAGUCUGCACAUGCUUCUGGUGACUUCCUCUAUAGUCGGUUGUCGCUGAACGGCUUCCAGUUCUCGCCAAACAAUAAUUUUAUAUUAGAAAAGAAUCCAAUAACUGAAAUCAUCCACAAGCACAUUGAUGCUGAAAUUAAUCAAAAGCACAUUAAGGAUACGUUUAUCCAACAGACUAAUCUUAUUAUGCCAGAUUCUAGCUUAUUGAAUCGAGAGUGUCCUCAACUACCUUUACUCGCGAAUUCCAAUUUUCUGCCCAUGCUUCGUUCCAGCUCAGGUCAUCAAAAUGAUUCAUGUUCCUUCGAAGUUGAAAAAGUGAGGACCACAUUACGAAUGCCUGAUGUAUCCAAAAUCAAUGUGCCCCUGAAUAGUAAAACUAAAAUUGGUAGUAACUGUUCGUCAUCUCUUGGAAUGAAGGACUUGCUUCAAACAGACAUAAUUUCUAAAGCAAGCAACAUUGCCGCAAAUGCCAAAGAAAAUAAAAUAAAGUCGAUAGGCCCAUUAGUAGCUGAAAUUCAGAACAAAUCUGGAUCUAGUUUAACUCCGUUCCAAAUACCAAAUUCAGUAAAUGGUGACACGGAAAGUAAUUUGCUCGAAUGGUGUAAAUUUUUCAAUGCAAGCCUAAACUUCUUGGCCCUGGCAGCCGCCGCUGCAUCAUUGCACCCCAACACUUCCUGCUCUAUAAGAGGCGCUAGUGCCAACAGUAUGCUUCCAGCGGAUAAUGUUAAGAGCCCUGACAAUGGAAAGUUAGACAUAUCAAUCGAACAAAGUCCAAUUCCUGCAAUAUACGCAAAUAGUGAUUUAUCAAACGACAGUUAUUUUGACAGCGAACCGGAGGACUUAUCAGUUCGUUCUAUGGCUUCCAAACAUUCUAGUUCAUCGAAUAGUCGAUCUGAAAGUCCGGGAUUGGAAUCUUCGUUUCCACAACAAGUUACAUCCGUUCCAAAUACUGUGUGCCCAUAA